AUGCAUCAAUGGCCUACGCUUCCGGCCGAAGGCGUUGUCCAGUGCAUCCCGUUCAAACACGGCUCACCGAUCGCACGCGCCUUCUGGGGCGGCCUUCCCUCGAUCCUGGUGCCUCCUGUAGUCUUCACGUCUCUCCUCGUGGGCUUGUGGACCUACAAAUGUGUCAUGACUGUCUUGUUCCAGGAUAAGGUGAUCUACAUGCCCUAUAUGCCACCAUUCGCGCGCAGAGAGAAGAUUGAAGACUAUGCCGCGGUCUGUAAACCUGUAACGUGGGAGCACCUGCAUAUCAAGUCCAUGGACGGGACCAAGAUUGCGCUGUGUGUCGGCCAGUGCAUACCGAGUGAAGAUGGUGCGACUCAGAGCAAGAAGGCCAAGAAGAAGGUGGUGAUAUGCUAUUUUCAAGGAAAUGGGAGCAGCACGCCGCCCAGAUUACCAUUGCUGAGCAACACUCUGAAAGCUAUCAAGGCCGAGGCGAGCAUACACGAUGGUGCGGACGGGGUCGAAUUUGUCCUAGUAGCUUUGUCCUAUCGUGGCUACUGGACAUCAAGUGGGCGAGCCUCUCAGACAGGAAUCGAGAAAGAUGCCCAGGCAAUGCUAGCUUGGAUCUGCAAUACCCAACCUGUACCACAUACCAAGCUGGACAUCGUUCUCUGGGGUCAAAGCAUUGGUGCAGGCGUAGCCGCUGCUGCCGCUGCCUCUUACUCCUCGCAGACAGAGCAAAGACCACAGAUCACCGGUCUCAUCUUGGAGACACCAUUUACGGGAAUCAAGAGUAUGCUACUUGCUCUGUACCCACAGAGGUGGCUGCCAUAUCAGUACUUAUGGCCAUUCUUGUGGAAUCAUUGGGACAGCGAGGUCGCGUUGCGCAAUAUCGCAACGGCCAAGUGUCUGCCACAUGUCCUCAUCAUGCCUGCAACGCGUGACGAAGUCGUGCCUGCCAGCGAGGCCGAUAAACUAGAAUGCAUAUCCCGAGACGCUGGCCUGAAGACGACGAGAACAGACAUCAUUGGCGCAUUACAUACCGAGGCAACGAUGCGCAGGGAAGGCCAAUUGGCCGUGGCUGGAUUCAUUGUCGACGUGGCCAAGCAAGCGUAG